AUGUCGCAGGACCCGGAGGAGUACACAUCAGUCCUACGCAACUGCUUCCGGCCCAAUUGCGUGAUUGACAACGACGAUAUAUGGCUAUACGGAUCGAGCCGCAUCAAGAAGGCGCUGGACUUUACCACUUCCAUUUGCAGCUCGAGCGGGAUGAUUGGCGAGCCCAAGUGGGACAAGAAAGCUCUGACGAUUACGUUCACGUACUACCGUCAACUCAAGCUCGGAUUCAGGGUAACGCAAGUGACAACUCUGCACGUCAUACCCAUUUACAACAGCAACGACGGACCGACACUGUGGGUAACGAAGAUUGGAGAUAGGCACGUCAAUAUGCCCUGGACGGCUUGGCCUAUCAUCGGACCCUUGCAUCUAUACGUCUUUCGGGUCUUGUUUUCGUGGAUGAUUCUGGUGGUUGCGACGGUUUUUAUGCGGAGGGCUGCUUCAAAAGGCGCUGUUCGAAGGGGAUCAAGUUGA